GUGCGCGUAGCACGUUCCUCGUGAUCCAUUUCGUAGCAGAAUUCGGCCGUUUACGGGUACUUGUAAACAACUCUUGUAGACUAUAUUAAAUCGUAAAUAAAUAAAAACAUAUUAAUAUAAAUGUAGUGGUUAUUUGUCAAUAUAGAUAUGAAUUUUUCAAAGUGCUGUGUCGUCAAAGAUAAAGUGUAAAAUAUUGCUUAGUAUGUAGUGACAGUGAUAGCAAGGAUGAAGGUUUUCAUUCUAUUAGCAGUGUGUGCGUUGAGCUCAGCGUACAAGAUCACACAGUUGAAAGUGCCGCUUUACGCAGACCCGCGUCGGGCUGCGGAACUCAGCUGUCACUUUCAGAUGGAUGACCAGAAGCUGCAUUCCGUCAAGUGGUACAGAGAUAUGCACGAGAUCUUCCGGUAUAACCCCUCGCAAAAGCCACCAAUUCGAUUAUUCAAUGUGACCGGCAUUAUGGUGCAAGGCGGCGAGUGCCAGGCAGAGUGGUGCCUGGUGCGUGUGAUGCCUCCGCCUGUCGCCGCUAGAGCAGCAUACAGCUGUGAGAUAUCUACGGAAGGACCUAAGUUCCAGAUAGCGCGUCAAACCAAACAUAUGACUGUUGUCGCGAUGCCAGAGAGGGACCCAGUUAUAAUUGGUGCUCCAAAAUUAGUGAAACCCGGAGAGCAAAUAUUGCUUAAUUGUACCUCGGACUACUCUCUCCCGCCCGCUGAUAUCAAUUGGUAUAUUGACAACGAGCUUCAAAAGCAAGAGCCGUGGCAACGCACGGAGCAGAGCCUGCCGCAAGCAGGUGGACUGCGAGCGUCCUGGCGCGUGCUUCGUGUGCCGGUUCCACCAGCAGAGAGUGGAGCAUUGCGCGUGCGUUGCGAGGCCGCAUUGCCCGUGGAACCACCUGUUCGCCGUGAUGAUGCUGUCGUACUUACUCUCUAUUCACGCACGCAGCUCUCCAAGUACGUUUCUAAUGCAGGUACGAACGUGGACUACGAAAUUAAGUUAUCAUUGGUGAUUCUAUGGACUUGCAUUUUUAUUACGAUAGGAUUAUGAGGCUAAGUUAGAUAGUGGUGAUGUUAGUGUAAGUCUGUAGAGAUGUAGUCAGAAUAUUUUAGCAUAGGAGCUUUAAAAGUGCACAUUAGCAAUUUUUUUUAUAAAUAUUAUUUUGUAUUUGAUUGAGUUUUUUUAUUGUUAAACCAAUGGUAAUCGCUACACCUAUUUAAUUCCAAAUAAUAGAAAGAAAAAAUGUGUGAUAGACAUGAAUUUUCUUUAAAAUACCUUAUUUAUUUAAAUUAUUUCUUUAAACUGGUCGCAAACAAUCUAUGCGUAAAACAUAAAGAACAUCUUCUGAAGUCGCUUGAUGCAACCGCCCAGUUCCCACCGCCGCGCUGCUGUCACCUACCUACCUUAUUUAGUUAGUUGUGUUUGUUUUAUUAUGUAACUUAAUUUUAAUGAUACUCUUUCAUGAAUAUAAUUAUUGGUAACACCUAGAACAAAACACUUGGCGAGCUUCGUUUGUACCAAAUUAUAGCAAGUUUGCGCUAACAGCACUACGGAUAUUGAAAGACCUAGAUAGAAAUUGGUAGUGUGUUGAUUGUGUGUACGAAUGCUAGCUUAACAAAUUGUGUCAAUAAUUGUAAUUAGUCUUGGUUGUAUGUACCCAUACUACCUUACGUUACAUUUAUGGUAAAUAUGCGCUGUUUAAUUGUGCCAAAUUAAUAUGACUUAAAGCUCUUAUGCUAUAAAACAUAAUAUUAUGUAAAACCAACAUGUAUUAAUAAUGAAUAUAAUUCAAUUGUGUCUAAAUGAUAUGCUUAGCAUUAAAAUUUUAUUUAUUUUUUGUACGUUUAGGAAUGAUUAUGUAUAGAGAUUUAGGUAUAUGGAGCGGGCAAUGCCAGAAACCGUCAUAUAAAAUCAUUGCUCCCAUGAAUUAGUGGCGAGGAAUCCACUAGAAACUAAGUUAUCUUGUUUAAUGCAAAGCCCGCUCUCAUCCCUGCACUAUAUUUAAAUCUCUUUGAUUAUGUAUAAUUUGUAAAUAAACUUUUCAGCUAAAUUAAAACGUUUCUAGACUUGUAGAAUUCACAUAAUGAUUUUACUUAGGCACGUUACCUAUAUAGAUUAACAUUUGUUAAUGUUCUGUGUAUCUCUAGCAGAACUGAAAUAAAAAUGUCGUGUUUUUGUAUAUUAUAAUAUUUAUAGAAUUACAUAAAUUUAUAUUACUUAUAAUAUUUAAAAAAAACACCUCUAAAUCUCAGAAACGUAGCUUAUUACGUGGAUUUAAUAAUUUUUAAACACAACAAUUUUAAUGAGUUUAAAACAUUGAUAAUGUUUCAAUUUGUUAAAAUUAUUGAAUUUUAUUUUAUGACUUCACAUGCCCGUGUUUAGAACCACCUGCCUACUCAGACGCUGUGAGGAUUUUUGCAGAAAUCUCUUUGCUGUUCCUUUCAGGAAGUGUUCUAUUUGACCCAAGUACUUAACAUAUCUACACUCGCAGUCGUGAAUUAUAUAACUGCAUUCGGAAAUUAAUGUCAACCGCUUCGGCUUUAGAAACCUAGAUUUAUUUUCAACCAUAUUUCGCAAUAAUAGUUCUGUCACUGACCGCUAUAACCGUCCAUCAUGGAUUGUGCAAUACCGCAAUGAAAUUGACAUUUUCUAGUAGUAGAUUUCAUUGAUAUAUCUGUCUUUAAACGAUUUUACAUUAAUAGUUAGAAUAUUAUUUAUUUAAGGAACAUCAAAUUUAAGCCGAAAAAAAGUUAGAAAAUUAUAUAUUUUCCGUAAGAAACAACUCACGUGGGUCUAUAACAUUUUCAUCGAAAACUUCGUUUCUUUGAAGUUUUAGACAUGAAAAUAUUAUAUUGGUUUUAAGCUACACACACACGCACAGUUAAUAAAAUUCGAAGGAUAUCAAAAGCCCGCUAAUGAAAAUUAUAAAAAUAUAUAUAUAUAUAUAUAAUAACUAUAGAAUAUCACUGUUGUUGCUUGCUAGCUUGUUUAUAGAUUUUUUUGGAAAUUUUAUUUUUUUGCCGCAUAAAGUACAUCAUCAAAGCGUUCGCGACUCUUACCUAAUUUACAUUUCGACACAACUGACGAAAUUGUAAUUUAGUCGAUUUUAAAAUACGAUAAUUUAUACUUAUAUUUUUUUUAGGUUCAGCAUUAACAGCGUAAAAUUAUUAAUUGAAUACUUAAAUGUUACACUUUUUGUAUAUUUUGUACAAUAUCCUGAUUCUAUGAUAAGAUAUAAUUAGAAAAAAAUAAAUUAGUAUUUAAUCUAUGGCUGUGUUUCACAUAAGGUUAAGUCAAUUCUUUGCACG